CAAAUUGAUUCCUAGAAAACUUCUAAAAGCCGUUUCUUUGAACACGCACAAACCUUAUAAAAGAAAAAGAAAAAGAGACAUUCGCAGUUAUGAUCACUAUCCCUAUAGAACGCAACCUUCAAAUUCCCGCAACUUUAUAACCAAUAAAAGAAAAACCAAAGUUUCAGAUCAUAAUUCUGACACAAAUUCCACAUAACCCAGAAUUUUCUUUUCAGCUCUUUUUGGUUUUUUGUUUGAAAUUUUUUUUGGGUUUGGGGUGUUGAAGAAGUCGUUCUUUUGCCACUGUUUAUUUCUUGUUUUUCAAGUUGUUAAUUUUUUUGGGUGCUUUUAAUCUUUUUUUUUUUUUUUCUGGGGAAUUGUUUGUGGUUAUGAAUAAUAACUGGAGGAGACAAAAAGGUGAAAUUCAUCAUCAAAACAUGCAAGGCACAAGAUCACACAGCAGAAAGCCACCACUUGCUACUUGGCAGCCAACCGUGCCUUCAUGGGAGAAGAAGUUUUGCACUUUGGUAGGCUCUGUUCCGUGGUGCAAGCUUCUUGAGACCAAGAGAUUUAUGUUUCUUUAUGACAAUGUAGUCCACUGGAAUGACUCUGCUGGUGAAGAGGCAUUCCAUAAUGCUAAGAACCGAUUCUGGGCUGAGAUUAAUGGCCUUCCUUGUGACAUAAGACUCCCAAAUCCUGAUAUUUACAUUGAUAAGAUAGAUUGGGACUCUGAAAUUGAUCCUGAGCUUCUUCUGGACUUGGAGAGAGAGCCCAAGGCCCCUGAUGAGAAGGAUAAAAGCGAGAAUGUUGUGAUUCUUGGUAGUUCUUUUCUUUUAAAUCAGUCAUUUUCUUGUGGGGGUUGGGGGGAUGCUGAAGAAGGUGUAGCAAAGGAGAAUAACAUAUCUUCGAAUUGGAAAACCAAAGAUUAUGAAAAUUCUUGGGAGCACAAUUGUGCUGCCAAUAAUGGCAACAUGAAAGAUACUAAAUAUGGGAAUUGUUGGAAUAAUUCUUGGGAAUGGAAUCGAAGGGAGAAUAACUAUAAUGAGUGGGACAAUAAUGAAUCCAGCUAUGUGGAUUAUAGAAGUGGUGGAGAUUGGGGAGCUUGGGAUGUUACUAGAACAAAGAGAGAAGGUGCUGGUCCGUACAUGUCAAGGUUUAAAACCUCAAGAUUCCAUGGUGAAAACCGUCAGCAUAAUCGGGGAUGGAGGAAUGUAAAAGGGAGGCAGAGGACAGAUUUAGUGUAUGAACAACCACCUGUGGGUUCAACACCGUGGAACACUUUGAAUUAUUGUGGUUGGGCCAAUUAACCAUAAUGAAUUUGGCGAAGCAGGAGUCUCCAUGGUAUAGGGUGGGGGAAGUUUUGUAAGUAUGAAAUUUAAGCAUAUGGUAUAUAAUGCUGUAGAUUCUAGGUCUUAAUAUUUAUUUUAUUUGUUUUUCCGUGUUGGAACGGAUAGCAUAAAAAAGGAUCACAACAGCUUGGCAAAGCCCCCUGUUAUGUUCGGUUUAUAUCACAGUUUUGUAGUUUGCUUCUUUGGAAGGCUUGUUAAAAGUUUUGAAUAUUAUUUGCAGUCCUGAGAAUGGGUUGUUACUUGAACUUUCGAUGCAUUAUCGUGAUUAUUGUGACUAAUUGGAUUGCAUACCUUUCAUCGGUAUUCUGUAGCCUUUAUGCUGAAGCCCAAAGGGCUUCAAAUGUACUGAAAUCUAUAGGAGGUGCAUGCCUGUCUGGGAGUUUAUGAUAAAAAAGGUUGUUUGCAUUGCUCCAUCAUGGUUCGCGCAAAUUUUUAUGUUUUUAUUCUGUUUAUAUCGACGUACCGCUUUUGCCACUCGCUCUCAUACGAAAUUGAUCUCUGUUUGAAGGAAAUACCGCUUUGGUUGAUCAGUUGGAUUUCAGGAUUGAUUGCCAUCUUUGAUGCUUUUCUAGCCCAUUUCUGCUGCUGAAAAGCCUAACGUAGGAAGCUGCAAAUUUAUUAACUUUGAUGUUAACUGGAAGUUGUCUACAAAUGAAAUUUAAAGACCCACGGUCCAUGAAACCGUGCAAUUACACCCUGGAA